AUGGUUGCUGUACAAACGCACAAUUGCGGAGUUCUGCACGUAUAUAUUCAAGGAACCAUGGAUCGUAAUGGAAAGACUAUUGUUCUCACUUGUCAUGACGUUGGAACAAACUACAAGACGUUUGUUCGAUUCGUAAAUCAUCCAUCAAUGGCUGAUGUGAAGAAUAAAUCCAUCUUUCUUCAUGUCUGUGUACCUGGACAGGAGGAUAAUGCAGCUGACUACAUUGGAGAUUUUCCCACGCUUGAUAACAUAGCGGAGGAUUUGACGUGUGUACUGGACAAAUUCGAAGUGAAAGUAAGAACACCUUUAAGAUUUAUUUUCGCAAAUGCUUGUCUAUUUCAGAUGGAGAAUUCAAACAGAAUUCUCGGCAUAAUUUUAGUUCAUUGCACAUCGACAACAGCUGGUAUUUUUGAAUACUGCAAGGACAAAGUAAUCAACAUGCGUUUGGAGAAUGACAUAAUGACGGACGGUGCAUGGGAAUACCUUGUCACUCAUAAAUUUGGCACCAAAGAUAGGCAAAUUUAUGUGGAUCAAUUGAAACACACUCUCAAUCCACGUAAUCUUAGCAAAUAUUUGCUGGCCUUCACUAAGAGAACAGAUUUGUCUUCAUCGAUCGGCACUAAACUUGACAAUGUGGAUACUCUACUUGUUUCUGGGUCAAGAGCUUCACAUCUGCAUACUGUCUACAGUACUCAGAAGAGCAUGAAUCGACGUAAAACCACUCUACUUAUCGUUGACAAUGUUGCAGAUGUUCUUCAGGAAGCUCCGGAUAAAAUGGCUCGAUCAUUCAUACUUUUGUGCAAAGGAUGUGGUGUUUUGUCUGGUGUCGCGAUACCUGGAAUGGAACGACAACGGACUCUUAGCAGGUAUGAGUAUUUGAAUUAG